CCUGCAUCAAUCGCCCUGCUCUGUGAUUGGACCAUUUCUGCAGAGGUGACCAGAGGAGAAAAGUAUUCCCGAGCAGUUCUCUGAGAUUUCUGUCAGCUAGAAUUUACUGUUGCAGCAGCUGGUCAUGGGCCGACCAAGGAUGGCGGAUUUAAAGUGUGUAUCUGUGUCCUGUGCUUGCACACGUGUCUGCAUGAGUGUGUUGCUGUCAAGGUAGAUUCAGAGGCACCUGAUUUAUUCAUGCACUGCAGAGCAACUGUUAAUUUUUAACGGGUGUGGCGGGGAGCGAUCUACCCAACAGCAGAUUCACUACAUUUGUGUAUAGGUGCAUGUGUGUAUCUGUGUGUCCUACAACUGUCAGUCAGAAGAACUUGUUUUCUCCUUGCCUCAGCUUCUUCUUCUUCCUCUUCUCUACUCUCUCUCUACCUCUCCUCUCUGCUCUCGUCUCUCCUCUAUACUCAAUCUCCUUCUCCCUGUCUCCUCCGGUUUUUUUUUUUCCUGCUCAAGUCUCUUUUAGCACAAGAACCUCAUUUAUUCAUGCUUCUGGGCCUCCGAUGCCAUUUUCAGCUGGUUGCCAAGAUCUCCUUUUUAAAAAUUAACAGAGUCGACAAGUUAAAGAAAAUGAAUUAAACACAUAGUUGCCCGUCCGCCUCUCGAGUUGAUUUCAAAUGUGUUCACGUCAAAACCACUGAAACUCAGAUAACACGGCUGAAGAUAGUACGACACAACCUGAAAGAAAGUUAUUUAUACCUUCGUGCUUAAAAUGCAUGAAGCAGGGUAGUAGAUGAUUCCCACUGCUUUCAUAGUCAAGCUGGUAUUAUUUCUUUUUAAGGUGCUUUUCUAGUCUGGUCCUUCUUGAAAAUCCUAUCUUCAGAAAGGAUGAAUGUGUUGCUGAUUGUUCCUUAUCGCACUGCCUACCUUACCAAGGAAGACAUGUCUGAGUUAUUUCCAUUUCAGAGUAGAACUUUUCCCACAGCCAGAUGACAAAAUUGAAAAUAUCAGUGAAUUUAAAUCUCUUCUUUGCUUUCUUGCAAGUGUUAGACAUUAGCUAUGCGGAGAUUUCCUAAUAAGUACUGCCGUGGCUGAUGGGAUGUGAUUAGGGGGAAUCACCUAAAUUACUAUAAUUCAUCCUGAGCGAGUCCCAAAUGUACCAAAUUUCAUGGCAGUCCAGGAAAUAGUUGUCAAGACAUUUUGUUCAAAUGUCAACAACACAGUGGUUUCCCCCUUUCUUUCACUUUAUAUGCUAAGCUUAGCUGAUCACCUCAUCUCAUCUCUCGGCCAGAGGGCAAAUAAGAAAAUUCCCCUGAUGGUUGAACUGUGUUCACAGUAUCCCUCAAAUAUCAUCCUUUUCAACAAGUGUGAUGCACCCCAGUCUCUCACUGUGUCUCAUACUGCAUCUAAAAGCCAAGACUUUCCCUCACUCUCUCUCUCUUUUCUCACUUCUCCCUGACGCAGCUCUUUUGCUAGGCCCCAGGGUUUGUUCCACUGAUUUUAGCUUGCCAAAGAGGCAAAGACACAGAUGGGACUCAUCUUGUUAAUCUCAUUUGCAAGUCAAAACUGUUUCUCUGUUCCUACAGUACCCUGUGUUUGUCCUCCUCAUCUCUCACACACCCUUGCACCUUGAUUGUCUAUUUCCCCCUUCACUCUGCAGCGAAUAUGCAUGUCUCUUCUGCCCGUGAAACACAUGGCGACGUUCAUGAAACUCCUCGUUGUGUGUGUGUGUGUGUGUGUGUGUGUGUGCGUGUGUGUGCGUGUGUGUGCGUGUGUGUGUGUGUGUGUGUGUGUGUGUGUCUGCAUUACAGUGAGGGAAGGUGAACAUUUGUGGCGUCCCAGUGGCCUGGGGCUAUGCAGUCAGUUGGACAAGCAGACAUAUGAUGACACUGGAGUAAAACUGCCCCUUAUAACUUGAGGUGAGCAGAGCAUCUGCCAGGCGCGGGCCUCCGUCAUGGUCUAUGAUGACACCAGUAAGAAGUGGGUCCCCAUCAAGCCUGGACAGCAGGGAUUUAGCCGCAUCAACAUCUACCACAACACUGCCAACAACACGUUCAGAGUGGUGGGCGUCAAACUGCAGGACCAGCAGGUGGUAAUAAACUACUCCAUAGUUAAGGGGCUCAAGUACAACCAGGCCACGCCGACCUUUCAUCAGUGGCGCGACGCCAGACAGGUCUAUGGCCUCAAUUUCGCCAGCAAGGAGGAGGCCACCACCUUCUCCAACGCCAUGCUCUUUGCCCUCAACGUCCUCAGCGCUCAGGAUGGAGGUCCAGCCGUCCAGCGCCAAGUCCAGAAUGGGCCGACUUCAGAUGAGAUGGAAGCUCAGAGAGCAAGGCAGAUGAUGGAGCAGCAGCAGCAGAUGCAGGCACAAAUGGAGCGGGAGCGACGGUCCUCCAACUCAGGUUCUCCUUUCCAAGGCCACCCUGCUGUGCUCUCUGUGGCCACACCGGUAGUACCUCCGCCUAUGAACAUGGGUGGCCCUCCUCCUCCUCCACCGCCGCCGGGACCUCCACCGCCUUCAGCAGGGGCGCCCCAACCUCCUCUCCCACCGCCAUUACCCAUGUGCGGAGGGAGCCUCGGGGAUGAGCCCCAAGCACAGACGGGACUCGCCGCUAUGAUCGCUGGAGCCAAACUGCGUCGCGUUCAAAGACCUGAGGACAGCUCUUCAAGCGCCAAAAACGAUGCCAACCGAACAAGUGGGGGGAGCGUUGGACUGAUGGAGGAGAUGAACGCUCUGCUGGCACGAAGAAGGAAAGCGGCUUCAGAGAAGCCUGAGGACACCCAAAAUGACGAUCCAAAUUCUGCAUCACCCAGCACCCGGGGCGGACAGAAUGCCACAGAUGGUGCAAAGAAGCCGUGGGACCGAGCUAACUCUGCAGACAGGUCAAUGGUUUCGAGGGUACGGCCCGUGGGGAGUGGCAGUGAUACAGACUCAUUAGACCUCGAUAGAAUGAAACAGGAAAUCUUGGAAGAGGUGUUCCGUGAACUGCACAAGGUGAAGGAUGAAAUCAUUGAUGCCAUUAGACACGAACUCAGUCGAAUUAGCACGACAUAAUCUUUCAGAGCCCCUCCACAAAAUGAACCACCUUUUCCAACCAUUACCCCCGGCAGCAGCUGCUGUGGCCCUGAGGAGGAGGAGGAGGAAGAGAAAGAAGAAGAGAAGUCAGGGACGAAGGCCCAAACUGUGACAUCUACUCACCCUGUUCAGCCGUGGUGUUGAAGCAAUGCAGCGCCGUUGGUCUAACACCUCGGGCGUGUCUGUGUAACAUUUAGUUUGUGUGUUUGGAGUCCAAGAUGUGAAUGGGGCACACUCUCGCACUGAUUACUCUGAUUUCUUAACACUUUCUGUCUUUGUUAGCCCAGUUCAUGUCUCUGUCCUCUGCCCAAAGGAAAAAUAAUAACAUUUAUAUAAUUUUAUUUUAUGUGUUUGUUUAUUUUUCACAGGUUUGUUUUAAACUUUUUUUUAUUAUUGCUAUCAUUUUCAUUAUUAUUGCUGUCAUUUUUAUGAUUGUCCAUGUUCUGUUAUGAGUUGUAGUAGUGUAGUAAGUACAAUGGUAAUAAUGAAGAAAUGAUAAUGAGAAUAUGAUAGUAAAGAUAACGUUGAUAAUUAUCAUUGCACAUCAUUUUGUCAGCCUUUUGUAUUUUAUAUUGAUUCUUUUGGUUUUGUUUUGGAUUCAUUUACGAGCACAUCCAAAUAUAUUUUUUCUCAUUAGACAGGGAACAUUAAAAAAAGAGGUUUUUUUAUCCUUUUGCUCAACACAGCUGUGUGGUACCAUGGCAGAAAAAAACAGGCUCAGACCUGAAACCAAGGUUGGAAUAAACUUCUUUGGAUAUUGCAAUCGAAUGAAAAAAAGGAAAAAUUUAAAUAAUACACCAGAGUAUUUGUGAUCAUGUUGUUAAUAAAAUGUUUAUUGGCUGCAA